AUGAAGUUCGCCCCGGAAAAGAGUGAACUGAUCCAUUUCAACAAAGGGCGACGGCAGUGGACCGAACAAGUAAACCUUGCCAACCCAAGGGGAGGCACCAGCCCCGUUAAACCAGAAGGGUCUGCCAGGUUCCUGGGAGUCUGGUUGGACUGGAAACUCAACUGGAAGGCCCACCUGGUGGCGGUGGAGAAGAAGCUGAGGACCCAGAGCUAUGCCCUGUCGAGGAUCGUGGUAAAGACAUGGGGGAUGGGGCUAGCCAAAACGCGAGAAGUGUACACAAAGUGCAUCCGGUCGGCGCUGGCCUAUGGCGCAUCAUCGUUUCACAUCCCCACGGAUGUGGGAAGCGAGCCGGCAAAGAAAGGCAUCACUAAGGCCCUCGGGAAGGCCCAGAACAAGAGCUUGCGGAUUGUGGCGGGAGCCUUUAAGUCUACCCCCAUCCGUAACCUCGAGACAGAGACAUGGGUACCACCAUUAGACUUGUACCUAAACAAACGGCUUGCCGAUUUCGAAAACCGACUCCAACGACCCGAUCUGGACGACGGUCGAGGCGGCAAGAAGACGGCGGCGAGCGUUGUCCUCACCGCCUGCCGCAAGAUUCAGCAGAGACUCAGCUCGAGGAGGGGCAACAGGGGCCGACCGCGAACCUUGGGACCUCAAGGGCCUACGGCGGUGGAGAGAGCCGCGGGCACGGUCAUGCGCUGGACGGGGGGAACCGUUGAUACGAACAGGGUAGUAGAAGAGGCUUGGAAAGCCAGGUGGUUAAAGGAACGGGACGGCAGGGCAAUCACCAGGCCGGCGGACGACUUUGACCAUCAGCAGGAGACGCUAUUCCGGAACGAAACCCUAAGGAGGCACGACGGUCUCAGCAAGGCAAAGAGCUCACUGCUGAUUCAAAUCCGGACGGGAGCGAUAGGCUUACGGGACUUCUUGUUUACACGGGGAGUCCCGGAGGUUCUAACUCCUGCCUGCGAGUGUGGCGAGGGACGAGAGACUGCCGAACACCUGGUAGUGUGGUGUUUGGCCCCACCGUUGACUAGAAGAUGGGAGAGAACUGGAAUUCGGACACGACGGGACUUUUACUCUGUACUACACGGCAUCAAUCCCACGACUGCACGGCUCGCGAGGAGAGUUCUCGACUGGCUGAUGGACUCGGGGAAGCUGCCGAUGUACAACUUAGCCAGGAGGCUCGAGCUGGAAGCGGCGGCCUGA